UCCUAAGAAGUAACAAUCCGAUCCAACAGAGAAGAGAGUAAAAAAAUGAAGUUGCUGAUGCCAUUAUCAUCGUCUUCAUCAUCAUUGGUUACUACUCCUACUACUACUAGGGCCUUUCUAUGCAAAUGUCCUCUUUCGAAGCCGAAGUUUCAAUCUUGGAACCGAACCCACGCUAACGGAGCAUCAACACGCCAGCUACAGUUCUCUCACAUGGGGGAAGCUGUUAAAGAAGAAGAAGAAGAACGUGCUGCUAUCUCCUUGGAGGAGUGGCGGGCCUGGGGCACAACCUCCCCCGUUCCAUCCAUGGUUUCUCAAAUUGUUAAUGAUUUGAAGCUUUUGGAGAAACACGUCGAUGCUCGCAUGAGCUUUGGUGGCAAUGGUGGAAAGUUGCAGGGGGAUUUUAGGGUACAAGAAGAUAAGAAACAUCGAGCGACCUAUCAGGCAUUAGGUGAUUCUGAAAAGAAGCUCCAGUUUUAUUCAGCCAGACAAAUAGCCUGUCGUGUGCUUGGAAGCAGGGGUUACCUCUGUCAGAAGUGCUGGCUUCCUGUGGAAGAGGAUUGUAUGUGUUCAAGAAUCAAUUCCUGCUCCCUCUGGCCCGGAAUAAAAUUUUGGUUGUAUAUGCAUCCCAAGGAUUUCUUACGACAGAACAACACUGGUAAGCUGGAAAAAGUAAGGUAUGGUGCCUUUAUCCCAACAAGAGCUCAGUUUUAAAAUCAGUUCAAGAUGCAUUUGGUGAGGAGCUGGUCACAAACUAUGAAGUCACAGCAGCAAAGGAUUCAAAAAUAGACACAACACUGCAUUUUAUUUUGAUUGAUGGGACAUGGAGCAAUUCUGCAGCUAUGUUUAGGCGUCUUCAGGAUCAAGCAAAAUCAGUUUGGGGAGAUGAGGACCUUGCUUGUAUAUCCUUAAAUCCUGGUGCAUCUGCCAUGCAUAAACUUAGGCCCCAACCAUCUUGGGAUCGGACUUGUACGGCUGCAGCAGCUGUUGGCCUGCUCUUAGAGCUCCAACUUCUUCCCCAGUUUAGCUCCAUUGGGUUGGAUACACAGGCAGAAGCAGUGGAACAUGCUUUAACCGAACUGUUAGAAGCCCUCACAACUCGACGUGUUCGCAUGGGGAGGUCCAUAACGCGGAAAGUGAGGCAAACCAACAUCCGUUAGAGAAUAUAACCAGUUUGUUUCUGACAACUUAUACAGCUAAUCUAUGCAGUUUUUGCCAUGAGAGAGUUCGUUAACAAUGUACAUAUUGGCUGAAUGAGAUGACUUCAUGAACGUUUGAUACAAUUUUUGUUUGGAGUUUUAAAUUUCAGCUCAAAAUAUGAACUGGAAUUGUUUCUUGUAGUCCAUGGAAUGUAUCAUUUUUGGGAAAAUUUGAUAUGAGGACUUUUCUAUUUUGUUUCCCAUGGAAUGUAUGUGUUUUAUAUGGACUUUUCUAGUUGCUUAAGCGAACUUAUUAUA